AACACUGAGCUCUUUAAAAUAAAAUCACAACUAAAUGAGGAAUCCAACUGACAAUUGUUUGUGAGGGCGAGGUGAAAAUGAUCAAGAAUAUGGUUUUCAUGAAGAGAACAACUGAGACAAAGAUUUUGCAUGAAGACACUCCUAAAAUGGCAGGAGAAGUACAUUUUGAAGUUGCAUAUCCUUGAAGGGGGAGAUCAGGAGGAUGGGGGCGGAGUCACGUGUGUGAUUGAUGCUUGUGACACGUCAAAUUGAGCGCACGAGCCAGUCUGCUGGACGGCAGAAGUUUCUCAAGUGGAUCAAAGAUUAGUGUAACUUCAGCCGCAAAAAAAGAAGAAGAGGGCAGUCCUUAACGAGAGACACGGAGAGACCUCUCCAAUGCUGCACAGGACUAACAGCAGCACAGGAGCACAACCACUGGAGCAAAAUAUCACGAUGCAAAUGGAUCAGACGUACGGGGAGGUGAAUCAGCUCGGCGGGGUGUUUGUGAACGGUCGGCCUCUUCCCAACUCGAUCCGGAUCCGGAUCGUCGAACUGGCGCAGCUCGGGAUCAGGCCGUGUGAUAUAAGUCGACAGCUCCGGGUCUCUCAUGGCUGUGUGAGCAAAAUUCUAGCCAGAUACAACGAGACCGGCUCCAUUUUACCCGGUGCUAUCGGUGGGAGUAAACCCCGGGUCACGACGCCAAACGUGGUGAAGAGCAUAAGGGAUUACAAACAGGGCGAUCCUGGAAUAUUCGCUUGGGAAAUACGCGACAGACUGCUGGCCGACGGAGUGUGCGACAAAUAUAACGUCCCCUCUGUGAGCUCCAUCAGUCGCAUUUUAAGAAACAAGAUUGGGAACCUGUCUCAGCCGAGUCAGUACGACAGCAAGCCCUCUCCGCCGCAGAUCUCCUAUAAUCCCGUGUAUCCGUACUCCUACCCGAACGCCAUGUCUCCGACUGGCUCCAAGCUGUGCAGUCCCCCGGGUGUGUCUGUCAGCCUGUCCCGGGCCUGGCCCUCCGUUCACACCGUCAGCAACAUAUUAGGAAUACGGGCUUUUAUGGACCCCGCAGCUAUUGCCGGAACAGAGAGUUAUCAGCCGAAAAUGGAGGACUGGACGGGCCUCAACAGAUCUUCAUUUCCUUCCGUUCACGGAGUCAACGGGAUCGACAAAUCUCCAAUAGAAAGUGACAUUAAGUACACCCAGGGUUCAUCAAAUUUAUCGGGAUACGUUCCUGCGUGCGCCUACUCCGCCACUAAUCAGUACGGAGUUUACGGUGGACACGCAGGUAACUACGGGCACUGGCAGUCUCAGGGCGCGGGUCUCACCCAUCCGAACACCGGAACCAUGAUACAGAGCCCGAACCUGCACAAAAACCCGCUCCGAGAAGCUGUAGAAAGAAAGAGUCCUCUGAGCAAACAGCAGCACGAGGGUCUGAGCGCCGUUCAUGGACUCUCAGAGUCAUAAGAACACAGAGAAACCAGAGAAAAAUAAUUCACCUGUUCAUCCUUCAUGAGCAGCUUCAAGGACUCACUCAGGAGAAAACACACAACUGAAUCUUUCACACCAUUAAGAAACAGUGGGAUCUGAAGCUGUGGAAAUACCACAGAGGAUUUCUGCAAUAUUUGCAGUAGAUUUUUUUUUCUUGUUCUUUGGGGCAAAUAAAUUUAGCGUCAGGCUGUUGUUAUAAACGGGCUGCAAUUUUUGUUUGAAUAUUUUCUUGUUAGCAAAGCAACAUUGUUAGAGGGGAAAUUAAAUGAAACUGUCCCUGUCAUUGCAUUUUCAUGUCUGUAUGAUAUCGAAUGGCCUAAUGAUAAUACACAUAUACAUAUCUAUUUUUUAUAAAUUCAUUUCUGCUUAAUAAAGGCAUGUCAAAAGUGAA